CGUGUGGAGCUUUCUCGGCGUCAGAUCCUGUCGCUCGCUCCCAGCCCAUGGCAACGGAGCAACUCGCGGCCCGGAAAGCUGUGGAGGGCCGUGAGCUGCGCGUGGUGAUGAACACCAACGACCCCGACUACGAGCACAUCUACUCUAUCGACAACUAUGACGACCCUUUAGAUGAGCUGCUGUAUUUCCCUCCUGCUGACAAUCACACUGACGAUGAACCCAACAAACACAAAACGGUCAAAGUUGAAGCCCCUAAAACUGCACCCAAUGUCGUGAGAGUUGGUGGAGAAAGAGGAGGCAAAGUUCCAGCUCUGAAACCACCCAAGGCCAGAAAAGUCAGGUCCACCAAAAGAGCCCAAGGCGAAGCUCCAGGAGAAGCGUGCCUGGUACCCAUGGAGGAGGGCAACUGCAGUCGCUUCACGUUGCGCUGGUACUUUAACAGCCACGUCCGAGCAUGCAGGCCCUUCAUCUACAGCGGUUGCGGGGGAAACGACAACCGAUUUGUUCACUUGGAGGAGUGUGAGGAGGUGUGCCUUGGAAAGGCUCAAGGGUCUCCCUUGCUGCAAACAUCUCGGUGAUGGUGAUCAAGUCCUUCUCAACACAGGAGCAUCAUCCUUUCUAUAGCUUUGAAAUCAUUCUAUUGUUAUAUAUAUCAAUGGUAAAUAUUUUUUUAUUUAUUAUUUCAACAUCAAAACACACUUGAUCAAUUUGCUUUAUCCUUAUAAAAUAAAAUAAGGCAGAAAAGGCAACUACUAUAUUGGUCUUUAUUAUUUAAAUACUAUAAAUGCAAUGUAACAAUGAUAACACCUCAAUGUCAUCUGCGGCUACACAAAUAAAUCAUUUCAAUGUG